CCAAAACUGCAUCUUUUUGUUCUUCUCUCCUACCGUUGGACAUCAAGUUCGAAGAUGUCUGCUGCGAUCUUUAUUGCUCCGGUUGGUGCAUCCGGUUAUGCUGGCUUGAAAGCCAACCCUCGGAAGCUUUUUCCGGUGAAUGAUUCUAUUGGAUGGGCCAAGAAAACGGUCUCCAAUGGAUCAAGAACUCUCUGCAUGAAGGUGUGGAAUCCAAUCAACAACAAGAAGUUUGAGACCCUCUCGUACCUACCACCACUCUCUGAUGAUUCUAUUGCCAAGGAGAUUGACUACAUGCUCAAGAAGGGAUGGAUCCCUUGCCUCGAAUUCGAUGAGGUUGGGUAUGUUUACAGGGAGAAUAGCCAGAUGCCAGGGUAUUAUGAUGGGAGAUACUGGACAUUGUGGAAGCUGCCCAUGUUUGGUUGUACUGAUCCGUCGCUAGUUCUCAAUGAAAUCCAGCAGUGCAAAACAGAAUACCCGAAUGCUUAUAUUCGCUGCAUGGCAUUCGACAACGUCAACCAGGGUCAGUGCAUGGCCUUUAUCAUUCAGAAGCCAACAGCUACCGCCGCCGCCGCCGCCACCACCACCACCACCGCCGAUGCUUAAUGGCAAGAUUCGUCUAUAGAAGUUUGGAGAAAAUCGACUUUUCAUCUUCACAUCGUUGGUGUUUUCCUCUGUAAUUUCUGUGGUAUGUAUGCAUAAGGAAGGUUAUGGUUUAUGCUGCUCCCUGUUUUGGGAAGAUAAUUAGUAACUGAGUUAAAAUAAACACCUUUUCUUA